UCUCAACCUCUCACUUUUCUGUCCCACUGUCAGCUGGUCGGAAUAACACCUCUCUUUACUCUCGUUGGGGAAGUCAACACUGUAUUUGUACAUCUGUGACUAGAGUCCCGAUCCUCUCUCUUCAGGACAGCACCGUAAGGGAAGCCUCAGAAGGUGAUUCAGUUCUUAGCCAGCAUCACCUGUUUUGUUUCCAGUGAGCAGGAAUAAUUACGUCUGACUGACAUUUCCAUAAAGAGGAAGCUGGAAAUUUCAUUAAGCAGAUAGCCAUGACAAACACAAGACGGUGGGCUGGUGUGACUUUCUUCUCAGCAGUCAUGGGGAGGUCAGGAGAGAUCUGGAUUUGGUCGCUGGGGAAGGCCGUAUGGUUGUUACUCACCCUCCUCCUGUUUAUUACCUACAUCCAUGGUAUUUCUCCACCACAGCCAAGGGUCCUCUUGUCAUUUCAAGAACUACAGAAAACCCAGUCUUUUGAGCACUACACCUUGUCCGAGAGGGCCAUGGAUUACAGAAUACUUUACGUGGAUGAAGACCAAGACCGUAUGUAUGUGGGCUGUAAGGAUCAUCUACUCUCAAUGGAUAUCAACAACAUCACCCAGAGCACACUGAAGAUCUUCUGGCCAGCAUCCACCACUAAGGUCGAGGAGUGUCAGAUGGCUGGCAAAGACCCCACACACGGCUGUGGAAACUUCAUAAGAGUAAUCCAGCCCUAUAACAGGACGCAUCUGUUCAUCUGCGGCAGUGGAGCCUUCAGCCCGGUUUGUGCAUAUGUUAACCGUGGCAGACGUCCUGAGGAACAAGUAUUCCACAUCUCCUCACGAGCUGAAUCAGGAAAAGGGAGGUGUUCCUUCAACCCACAAGUCAACACUGUUUCAGUCAUGCUCAAUCAGGAGUUGUUCUCUGGAAUGUACAUUGACUUCAUGGGGACUGACGCUGCCAUCUUCAGAAGCCUAACCACCAGAAAUGCUGUCAGGACGGACCAACAUAACUCCAAAUGGCUAAGUGAGCCAGAGUUUGUUGAUGCCCACUUAAUUCCUGACGGCUCAGACCCGAACGACACCAAGCUUUACUUCUUUCUGCGUGAGAGAAUGACUGACAGCAGUGGAAACACUAAGAACAUCCACACCAUGGUGGCUCGUGUUUGCCCUAAUGAUAUGGGUGGACAGCGCAGUCUGGUGAACAAGUGGACCACGUUCUUGAAGGCUCGCAUGGUGUGUUCAGUCCUGGAAGAAGAUGGCACUGAGACCCACUUUGAUGAACUUGAGAAUGUGUUUCUUUUGGAGACGGAUCACCCAAAGGGCCUACUCCUCUUUGGAGUCUUCACCUCCACAAGUUCUGUAUUCAGAGGAUCGGCUGUCUGUGUGUACAGCAUGGCUGACAUCCUGACGGUCUUCAAUGGACCGUUUGCACACAGGGAAGGGCCCAACUUCCAGUGGGUGGCUUUCCAGGGCCGGAUCCCGUACCCACGACCGGGAACUUGUCCUGGUGGCGCGUUCACGCCUCACAUCCGGAGUACCAAAGAGUUUCCAGAUGAUGUUGUGACAUUUGUGAGGAAUCAUCCGGUCAUGUUUAAUCCCAUUUACCCGGUCGGCAGGAAGCCUCUGGUGGUGCGGACGCAUGCCGAUUACAAGUACACCUCCAUAGCUGUGGACCAGGUCACCGCUUCAGACGGACACUAUCAGGUCCUCUUUCUGGGAACAGAUAAAGGCACAGUGCAGAAGGUCGUGGUUUUGCCAUCGAACGGCUCUUUGGAAGAUGAUCUGAUCCUGGAGGAGCUGGAAGUGUUUAAGAAGCCGUCUCCCAUCACCAACCUAAGAAUAUCUUCUAAAAAGCAACAACUUUACGUUAGCUCUGAGCACGGGGUAUCCCAGGUGUCUCUGCACCGCUGCAACGCGUACGGCUCUGCCUGUGCAGACUGCUGUUUAGCGCGGGACCCGUACUGCGCCUGGGACGGACUCAGCUGUUCCCGAUUUUACCCCACUGGCAAAAGGAGAAGCAGAAGGCAGGACAUUAUGCACGGAAAUCCACUAACCGAGUGUAGAGGGUUCAAUCUGAAAGCCUACAGGAAUGCAGUGGAGAUGACCCAGUAUGGAGUUAAAAACAACACCACGUUCCUGGAGUGUCAACCCAAAUCUCCUCAGGCAUCAGUUAAAUGGCUGAUUCAAAGAGAUAAUGAUCGCAGGAAGGAGGUGAAGCUGAGCGAUCGUGUGGUGUCCACCAACCACGGUCUGCUCAUCCGUUGGGUGCAGACUUUUGAUCGGGGCCUGUACUACUGUCUAGCCACAGAAAACGGCUUCAAGCGCACGCUUGCAAAGAUCCGUCUACAGGUGCUGAGCGAGGCUGUUGUCACUGCUUUGAGCGACAAACAUCAGUCUCCCUGGGGCUGGACUGCCGCGUUGCACCCGAAAGCCCUGGUCUCAGCCUUCACCCCAGCUGAGACGUUGGCCAUGCACCAAUUCUGCAAGGAGCGCAAACAGCUAAAUAGUUUACAGAAUCUGCAGAGUCCCACGAGAGGUGAUCUGGGUAAACUCAAACCGCUGCUGGACCACAGGAAGAGCAGGAACCGUCGAAACCACCUACUGGAUCAGUUUAUGGGUGCAUGAAAAGACUUAAUGAAGAAGGGAAAUAAACAAAAAGGAUGAAAAGGUACAAAGACAUUCAAGAGGUAGAAGUACAAGAGGUAGUUUGUUGGUGGAGAACAUUAAGUUUAGUUUUCUCUGAUGUGAAACUCAGUUUUUUUAAGCUCAAAGCACCUUCUCUUGUGCUUCCUGUACAACGGUCUUAUGUGCAUGAGGAACGCCCAGACCAGAGGACUCUGAGCUAUCCUCACACACACACAUACGCACAGGCACUCAAACUAAUUUGUGUUUCAUGCUGCAAUAUACAAAAGCUGAAAAUGCUAUGUUAUACAGUAGUGCUGUUAUUUGAAGUUUAACUUGUAUGUUAUGUUUUAAGGACACACCAGAAAGUAAUGCAAAAAAUAAGGCCCCUUGAAAUAUCUUAAUGAGCGGUUUUCUGUCCUGUAUUGACCGAUUUCGUACUACAAGUUGGGCUGGAACAUAUUUGCAGGCUUUGCUGUUACCUUUUAAUAGCAGUACGUUUCAUUGUAUGUCAUGAUCUUGAAACAUAAUUUAUUAUCUGCUAAUUGGUGGUGGUAAAGGGAGCGUUCCAUUUUUAGAGAUUGGAUGGAACGUUUGGACACAACUAGGUGCAAGGUCAUCAGUACAUUUGGUAAGAGAAAGACUUUAGUGUUAAGUGUGUGUGCAGUGUAUCUGCAAACAGUGAAAUUGGCCAAAUGUUAAACAUGCAUUAUAUACUGUGGAUGGUCUCCAAGUUAAAAGACAUAAAUCAAAAGGUCUCAAUUACUUGGAAUCUUCUAUAUUUCUAUAUACAUAGUCAGAUGUCCCAUACAUCCAUUUUGCACAUUACAUGGUCUGUUUGCAACAUAAUUAUAACAGUAUUAAUGUAAAUCUACCUACAACUUCUCAACACACCUAACUGAACAACGGAGCUAUAUUAAAUAUCAUUUGUAUAGUUCUUCUAAUAUUGAUCAAUCAUCAUCCAUCAUUCAGAAGAACACUGUAUGCAUACAGUAUGUGAAGUACAGUAAAAAAAUGAUGACUUAAGGAUUUAUAGGAUAUUUCUUGGAAGCUAAAAAACCCACAGAUCAAAAUGCAUCAACCCAGCUGCACUGCAGAUGUUCAUACUGGAAGUGAGGGGGGAGAAUAAAGUUUCAAGUGGGAUACAGUAACUGUACCAUCUUAGAGAGCUGGCUGACUUAGCCCAUUCAACUGUACAAAUACUAUUGUUGUGCUUGGGAAACUUUAAUUCAAGCUAGGUAGUUUUAAAGACUUAAAGUUUUUGUGAAUGUUUUUUUUAUAAGUUAUAAGUAUUGCAAAGUUUGGCAUGGUAUACUGAACCAGAAGUUGGAUUGGUCUAGAUAGCACUCUUCACUACAGGGGCACAUGCACUAUAGUUUGUACCUAUAUGACUGAGAGUUAUGAUGGCAUCAGUAUAUCACAAGUCAUAUGUACCUUUCCUUUUUUUUAUGGCAUUUUUGUUCACUUGUUGAUAAGUUGAUCCAUAUUUUACCCAACCAUGUGCUGAAACAACCCAGCAUUUUUUUUCCAAGUAUACCGAAGCAUUAUUCAAAGUGUUUACUUUUUGGAGCUUUAAAAUCCUAUGUAGGCAUAUGCUUUGAGUUUAUGAGUAAGAGCAACUUCGAAAUUCUGCUAAAUAUCUCCAAAUGCUUUUCCCCAUAUGGAAUAGUUAACUCAAGGUUCACUAUUCCUAACCCUAGCCUAGGUAACUGUGAUUGUGGAUUAUCUUGUUUUUGGUUUCACAGUCUUCACACCUAUAUUUCAGUUACACUGUAAAAAAGUUGGUUCAACUUAAAAAAGUAAGUUACCUGGUAGUGUUGUAAGACUAGUCUCAAGACCACGUUUUAAAGUUCUUGGUCUCGUCUUGGAAUUGACCGCAUUUUUACUCGUCUCGUCUCGUCUCGGUCUCAGACAAAGAGGAUUUGGGAUUUUAUUUCAAGACCGGUAAAGACCACAACUAUGGCACAUCACAAAUUAAUUUUUUAUCAUUAAUAUUAUGCAGUUUUUUCAGGUUUGGCAUAUGAUGUUGGCAUUGUUUAGGCAUUGUUUAAGUUUCUCCCAAUGACAAUUUUUCUAAUUUUCUUACUAAAAACACCUGCAUUGUGUUAAGUGGAUGGCAAGCCAUGGAAAGACAGUUCAGAAUAAAUGGUUAAGUUCAUUUCAGCUCUUUAGUGUUUGUUCACUUUUAUUUGCUUAUAGACAAAGAUCAAUUCCCACAUAUCUGCAAUGCCUUUGAUUAUUUUAUCAAUUUUUCUGAUGGCAUACACACACACACACGCACACACACACACCCACGCACACACACAAACACACACACACACACACACACACACACACGCGCAGACAAGAAGUGCCCAAUCAUAUGCAUAUUCCACAUUUUAUCAUAAGUGUUUUAAGGCAGUGACUUGCACUGGUCUUGGUCUUGACUUGGUCUCGGCCUGACUUGGUCUUGGUCUUGACUUGGUCUUGACCCUUUAAAGUCUUGGUCUUGUCUCAGUCUCGGCCUGUCUUGGUCAUGACUUGGUCUCAGUUUAGGUGGUCUUGACUAAAACACUAUUACCUGAUUUCUUUCAAAUUUAUUUCAAGUUAUUUCAACUUUAAAAUAUUAGUUUACGCAACAUAAUUUACACAACUUAAACCGUAAACUUAAUUUUUUUUAUUCAUUUUUAAUUAAUUUUCAGGGCACACCGCAGAACUUUUUGGCCACUUGGGGGCGCUAGACAUGUAUUUUUCACACCUAGCGCCCCUAGAGGCCACAAGCGCCGCAGCACUGUCGCAAAGGAAAAGAACUGGCCAACCUUAAAACUUAAAACUAAACUAAAAACUAAACCUUUAAAAACUAAACGCUUAACGAUCAACAUUUUGAGGCAUCAGGGAGAAACGCAGUCAUGUUACAACUUUCUGAUAAGGAACUCGUGGCAGAAGCCAUUUCUCAAUCUGAAGGUCGCAGCCUCCGGAUGUCGUAUUUCUUAGCUGCAUACGUCAUCAAGACUGUCUUAUUUCAGAAUAUUAACAAUUAUAAAGUUGACUAUUAUACUUAGUUAAUCGUAAAUUGUUGCCGUAUGCUUAUGAUUUGCGAAUGUAAUGCUCAGUUUACCUUAAUAAACCAGGCUUGAUGACGUAUGCAGCCUGCAUAUUUGACCUCCGGAGGCUGCAGCCUUCCAAUUGAGAAACGAUCAGAAGUAUUUCCUUGCGUUUUUCGAAACAAAUAUUGUUGCAUCGUCCCUCUCUGCCUCGCCACCAGGAUUUUCCGCAAUGGCGCUCAUUUUACCUCUCUUUUGUGUGAAAAUUGUCGCUCCAAAUCCAAGUAAACCGAUGUGUUUAGGUCUGCCGCUUUGUAAUACGUCACGCGAGUGACAGCGGAACGCAACAAAUGAGGAAGAGAGAAACGCUCGGAUCUGAUUGGUGAAUGAAUAGGGUUUGGUUUUACACUGUGUGAGUUUGAGCAAGUUUGACUGCUAUAGCAUACUGGAUUGUAAUGUAAAUACCACCGUCAUUUAUAAAGAAGAUCGCAUUUAUUUAUGAAUCAACGGGUCGCCCGUGUCAUAGUCACAUAACAGAAGAUGCUCUCUACACUCGUUAAGUAGCCUCCAGCAAAAUUGAUGUAAAAAAAAAAUGUGUUGAGGAAGUGACGUAUGCCGUAAAUGUAAAGCAGUCAAAUUUUGUAGUUUUUUUUGUGCUCUGGUUACUACCCGAAACCCUAAGUUUUAAAGUAUGAGUAAAAGCGAUACAGGCCCCGUCAGGCUAUGGUAGACAUGUCAUUCAACCUAUUUAAAGUCAAUGUACUAUCACAAGGGUCUUGAAAAUGUAUUAUGAAGAUUUGAAAAAUUACAUGGUGUCGCUUAAGGCAAGCACUUUUUAAGUUGAACUAACAAAUAAUUUUUUUACAGUGUAGAAAUGUAUCUAAUGUAUGCAGGCUUCAUUAUUAUACACAGUAAAAUCAUUUGUUUUAUACUGUAAUAUACACUGUAAAAAAUGCAGCACUUUUUUUAAAUCAACAUAACUUUUUUAGUUAAAGUAGCAUAAAAAUAUAAUUUAAAACAAUUUCAAGUUAUGUCAACUAUUCACAGGUCAAUACUUAAAGUAGUAUGUUGAAUUGACUUGCAAAACCAUGUUGUUUAACUUCAUGCUGCUUUUUUUUACUGUGUAAUAAUUCACAAUUGUCAACCCUGCAUUAACAUUUUUCAUAUUUAUUACAUCAAAAACAUUUAUUGGGCAAAUAAUGUUCUUAUUUGUAUAUUAAUUAGGUCAAUAUCAUUGACUAAUAGAACUUAAAGUUGUUUUAGUACACUGUAAAAAAUACUUAAAUGCCUUAAAUUUUUUGGUUACAUCAACUCAGAUUUACAAGUCAUGUCAACAAAGAUGAGUUGUCACCAGAGGUGUAAAGUACUUGAGUAAUUUUACUUGAUUACUGUACUUAAGUAUUAUUUUUGGGGAUUUUUACUUUACUUGAGUACAAUUUAAAAUCAGUACUUUUACUUUUACUUGAUUACAUUAUUUUAAGAAAAAAAGUACUUUUUACUCCUUACAAUUUUAUUUACAGUCAAAAAGUACUUAUUUUUUAGAGAUCACUUUAUUUUCCCUUACUCUUACCAAACCAAUUGAAUUGUGCUGACGGACAGUUUAAUUUAAAUGUUAUUUAUUUUCCUUGGCCGAGAUAUAGCGUGCCACUCUCUGAAAUUCAUACGGUCGUAGCAAAGGGUGUUCGCCCUUCGGGUCCCUUAUCCUACCUGAGAGGGCCUUUUCAACGAGCCAACCCCCGACUCUCUAACCCUUUCUGUGGCCGACGGUCUCCUGAAUUUCAAACGUUCGUGGCUCGGUCGCUUUAAGUCCUAGGCAUUCGCCCUUGGCGUCCCUUAUCCUGAGAGGGCCUUUCCAAUGAGCCAACCUUGACGCUCUAACCCUUUCCCCGGCUGAGAUACAGUGGUCAUUCCCCUGAUUUUCCCACGACCGUAGCUUGGAUGCCUUUGGGUCGCUUAUACCCGAGGGGACUUAAGGUGCCCGAGCUACAGCCGUGGAAAAAAUCGGGGAAAGGACCACCGUAUCUUGGACGGGGAAAGGGCUAGAGACUCAUGGGGGGCUUGUUGGAAAGGCCCUCUUGGGUAGGAUAAGGGACCCGAAGGGCGAACGCCUUGGACUUAAGGUGCCUGAGCUAAGGCCAAGGAAAAUUCUGGGAAGGGUUGACCAUAUCUCGGCCCGAGAAAGGGCUAUAGACUCGCGAGUGGGCUCGUCGGAUGAAGAUUUUUUCGCUUCUUUGAAACCGACAACACAUUAAGCCAGCUAAAAGUUGGAUGGAUAUCUGGCCUGAGUUUCAGACACCAGGAAGUCUCUGCUCACGUUCACUGCUAUUUGCAGCCUCUCUAUCAAGACUAAGACCUUGUUCACGCUGUCCGUCCAAAUCUAAUUUUGUUGCAUGUCUGACUGGACAGACUCACUGUCCACAUUGUGUAUCACAACUGUUUAGAUCCGAUCUGUGCGUCCUGUUGGGUUUUGCAAUUUUCUGGAUUAUCUGCAGUGUUUCUAUGGCAAUGACGUCACACUGGCACAACAAUCGUGUUUACAUUUUGCGUGACGCAACAGCAUUACGUAACCGAAAAGCUACAAAAAUACGAUCAGAGCGGUCAGACUUAAAUGUAUUUCUGGAAAUGUGAUUUGAAAAGUAUUUCAAACCACCUCUGGAUAUAGCUUGAAGCAGAAAAGAAAAAAACAGAUUUCAUGUGGUUUUUAGCCGUUCACACGUUCUAAAUGUGAUUGGGUUCCAAUCGAAUAUGAACCAAAAUCAGAUUUGGACUGACAGUGUGAACAAGAACUAAUACAACUCUAUCUGCACUGGCUGUCUGUGAGAUGCUUGAUACUCAAUUUUGAAAAUCAGCUUCUGCUUUAGUUAAAUUCGAGGUUUCAAAACUUUGAGUAGCAUGUUGGAUACUGAAAUUAGGUCGUUUUAUAGUUGAAAUACAAUUAAAUACAAACAGUUGUAAAGCAGGAUAAAAUCUUGUAUGUGGUGCAUUCACUUCAUGUUUUUAGAGAUUAAAAGCUUAAACAAGAAUCUCUAGUUUAAAUUUUUCCUGUUACUUUUACUUUUUUAAUACUCAAGUAAAAUUUUAAUGUGGUACUUUUUACUUUUACUCAAGUAUGAUUCUGGCCAGAUACUUUUACUUUUAAUUGAGUAAAAUUUACACUCAGUACUUGUACUUUCACUUGAGUAACAUUUUUGAGUACUUUUUACACCUCUGGUUGUCACAACUUAUAAAAUAUAGUUGUGAGAAGUCAACUAAAUUUUAUAAGUUAUAACAACUCACCUGUAGUUAUAACAACUCAUCUCUAGUCAAGAUAAAUAAUAGUAAGUUGAAAUGACUUGUAAAUCCGAGUUGAUUCAACAAAAAAUUUUAAGGCAGCAAAGUAUUUUUUACAGUGUAUCUGAUUGUCCAUCUGUUGAAAUGACGCAACUUUAGUCCACGUUGGCUGUUAAAGUCACCUUAAACGUUACUUUUUGAUAUUUCUAAGAUGCUAAUGUUUCUGAAACUGUACAAAGUUCAUAAGUGUGACUAUGUCUGUGAAAUCCAGGCUAAAGUCUUAAAAUCUAAUUAUGAGAUCAGGAGCAUCAAAGCUUGAUUUCACGUUGAUUUCAAUCAUUACCUUACUCAGUCAAUAUUAAAGAUAUAAGGUUUAUAUUUUACCAGAAUGUUGUUUACAAUGUUUUUAUGUAAAGUAGUAAGCUGGGUAUUUACAGGCAAAGUCACAUAUAUUUAAUUAGUUAGUUAGGUAACCACUGAUGCAAUCUUAUGAUGCAGGGUGAGACUCUCACUUCCUUUGACACCCCAGAUAUACCACAUGCAAAUUGUUUCAUUGUUAUAAAGGCACAUGUUAGCUGAUGUUAAUGAAUGUUGUGUCCAUAUGUUUUGAUUUGUUCAGUAUGCACAGCUGUAAUGUGAUUGUUGUGUUGCACAUGACAUUCAGUUGACGUUUAGGAUGUAGAAAUGUAAGGAUUGUACAGGUUUUACUUUGUUUUGAUGUUUAUGUAACUUAUGUCUUUUUGUACUUUGAGUGCUUGUGUUUUUAAAACACAUUUCUGUUUGUAAAUAGUUUUUAAAUUCGGUUUCCGAUCAAACGUUGACAUUCAGUUAACUUUGAUUUCGCAGUAGAGUUCUUUGUGAUUAUUAUGGUACAUUUAACUCUUAAAUUAAAAUGUCUUUUAAUGCAAAAUACAAGGGAUAGUUUUGACUGAAUCUGCAUUUUGCAGAAAUACACGUUUCACAUUCUUAGUCUUCAGUGGCAUUUUGUCCUCUCUCCAAAGUGCUGUAAAAUGAAACUUGUUUUAAUAUUAUACCAUAACAAAUAUGACGCUGUAUCCCUGUGAAUGUUAAUGAUAAUUUUAUCAAAUGUUUUGAUUUAUGUAUUCCUAUUUAUUAAUGAUAUAAGCCUGAACAACUGCAUUAAAACUAUUUCAACCUGUCA